GGUUGGCGACGGAACGUCUAGUUGCCGUGUCGUUUAUUCGGUUCGCGUAUUUCUUUGUCCCGGAAAAGUCACUCGCGAAAUUCAGCCAGUUGAAAGUAACACGUGAAAAUCAUCAAGCCUUAUCUCGAGGCCCAUGCAAACCCUUUGGUAGACUAAAAAGCACUUGCGAAAGCAUCAAUUGAGAAUUAUUAGCGCUCUACUAUGGUGGACGUGACAGCAGUGGCCGAGCUAUGAGCUCGUCCAUGCUCUCAUGGCAAAUGGUGCGUUCCAGUUUUUUUGACUUGUUAUUUUCCAUGAGCUAUCAAAUCGGUGCAGAAUUACCGUGACCAGUCGACGACGCUAAAACGGAACUGAGAGUAGAGAGAGAGUCUUGAUGAAUCGCAAAGAGAAAGUUAUGGAGUGCAUAAAUAUUUCGACUUGAAAAUUCCUUCGAUUGUCACCAAAUUUUAUUGUUGCACCGUCAAUUCAGCUGUUUACAAUUAGCUGACGGAGAUAGCGCCUGGGGUUAAGCAGCUGAUUUCAGUAUUUUCUAAUACGCAUAAUAAACUCAACGCGAAUAGAAACUUCUCGUCAAUUAUCACUGCGAAAGAGGGUGAGCAAAUUGGUGCAACCAGGAUCAUCCCUUGUUUGAGAAUGUAUAUUGCUUCAUAGUGUACGAACUGUAUUGUUUAAAGGUUGGCCAGUGACCUCGACGUAAACGUCAUCACGGUUAUAUUGCUCGUGCAGGCUUCUAGUGGACAUUGUUAACUAAGUUGUAUGUUGCUAACAGUGCCUUCGGAGCUUGAGCACAGUCUCAAGGGCAGCUUCCCCUUGUCUUUGCUGCGUAGUUGUACUAGGGAGCAGGAGCAAGGCUUAAACGCCUGGUGACUUUAACAGAGGAGUGUGAGCCCAAGCUAGUUACCGAAAUAUCUGGAACAUGGACUCCGAAGAAGAAACGUUGUACGAUGACGUUGACUCGGGUAAUGAGUCCAGCGGGGAUGAUGUUGAUUUUGCAAUGGAGAUUGAAUCUGGAAAUCCACGUGAACGAGCUACAGAUGUUGAUGACUAUCCAUUUGAAGUUCUUUCGACUGAGGAAAUUGUACAGCACAUGGUGGAUUCAAUAAAGGAGGUCAACACUGUGGUAGAGAUACCAGCAACAACAACGCGAAUCCUAUUAAAUCACUUCAAGUGGGAUAAAGAGAAGCUAAUGGAACGAUUUUACGAUGGUGAUCAAGAAAAAUUGUUUGCCGAGGCUCGUGUAAUUAAUCCCUUUAGAAAAGGUCCGCUCAUCAACAGAACACGAACAUCACAAACAGCCUUGUCUAGGAGAACGUCAACAAACGGCACAGAGGAAUGCGGUAUCUGCUUCAUGAUCCUGCCAUCCUCGAUGAUGACCGGUCUCGAAUGCGGUCAUCGUUUUUGCACCGGCUGCUGGGGCGAGUAUCUAACUACAAAAAUAAUGGAGGAAGGCGUCGGGCAGACAAUCGCUUGUGCAGCACACGCAUGCGACAUUCUCGUGGACGAUGCGAGUGUGAUGCGACUUGUAAAGGAUUCUAAGGUCAAACUGAAGUACCAGCACCUCAUCACAAAUAGUUUUGUCGAAUGUAACAGGUUGUUAAGGUGGUGUCCAUCCCCGGAUUGCAACAACGCGAUAAAAGUGCAGUACGUGGAACCGCGGCCGGUCACAUGUAAAUGCGGCCACACGUUUUGUUUCCACUGCGGCGAGAACUGGCACGAUCCCGUGAAGUGUCAUAUGUUGCGCAAAUGGAUAAAGAAGUGCGACGACGACUCCGAGACGUCCAACUGGAUUGCGGCUAAUACGAAGGAAUGCCCCAAGUGCAACGUCACCAUCGAGAAGGAUGGCGGCUGCAAUCACAUGGUCUGCAAGAAUCAGAACUGCAAGUCCGACUUCUGCUGGGUCUGUCUCGGUCCUUGGGAGCCGCACGGAUCCAGCUGGUACAAUUGCAACAGGUACGACGAGGAGGAGGCUAAGGCAGCACGCAAUGCUCAGGAAAAGUCAAGAUCAGCACUUCAGAGAUACUUGUUCUACUGCAACCGAUACAUGAAUCACAUGCAGUCCCUCAAGUUUGAGAGUAAGCUGUACGCGAGUGUCAAGGAGAAGAUGGAGGAGAUGCAGCAGCAUAAUAUGUCCUGGAUCGAGGUGCAAUUCUUAAAAAAAGCCGUGGACAUCCUUUGUUCCUGCAGGCAAACACUCAUGUACACCUACGUGUUCGCUUAUUAUUUACGAAAGAACAAUCAGUCUGUGAUCUUCGAGGACAACCAGAAGGAUCUGGAGAGCGCCACGGAAUGCCUCUCGGAGUACCUGGAGAGGGACAUCACCAGUGAGAAUCUGGCCGACAUUAAGCAGAAAGUUCAGGACAAGUACAGAUACUGCGACAGUCGGCGGAAAGUACUUCUGGAGCAUGUGCACGAGGGUUACGAGAAGGAAUGGUGGGAUUACAUGGAAUAAAUGAAAAUGGGGGUCCGUUCUCUGUAUUUGGUUUAAGGACGGGGCACAGAGUUUAUGUUCCUUUGAUGCCCCAGUUAACCCAUAUUAUCCCCACCACGUCGUCGCUGCCCCGCCACCCCACAACUUCUGCACCGCCUCACCUUCGCCCCAGCUGUGAUAUAACAAGAAAGCUGACGAGAGACAGAAAUAAUAGAGCAGGUCACCAAGUGAUAAUACAUAUUAUAUACAUUUUAAGUAUAACACGGUCCUGUGGUAAUGCAUAUAAUAUCGUUAUGACUCUUUACGACCUUUAUUAAAAAUUCAAUUCUACCAACAGGCUAAAUACAAAAGUACUUUUGAUUUUGUACUUGCCGUCUAAAAUACUAACAGUAAUGCGUGGGCCAGUCCUUAUGUCGCGUCUACCCUGGAGGAAAUGGAUUAUCGCGCUACUAGCGGUGGUAUAAUUUUUUUUUAUUGCCAGGGUAACGGCACUCGUGCCCUCACUUUUUUUUUGCAAAUAUCGCAGGACACUUGCGAUUCGCGUUUAAUCUUAUGAUUUGUCAAGUCCGCACGCAUCACACGGACCUUGGUGAUUGCUACGUGAAAGAUCGACUAGUAGCACUUCCGGUGCGCGCUCUCUGCUCGUAAUUUUAAUUUUAGACUUUUACUUCGAUUUUUUCCCCCCCGUAGGAUCUCGCAGACAGCGUAUAGGUGUGCAUGUCUUAUUUUAUUUGUGGGAAUCAUCGUGCAAGAUAAUUUACCUAUCUGUUACUCUUUGUUCUUUCCUUCUUGUAUUCUAUUUUUUUUCUCUUCUCUCUCCUAGUGUCCACUGAUGCUUUUUUUAUUUAAAAAAUUGUAUCCUAUCUUUUUAAUUGUAUAUUUGUUUCUGCAAUUUUUUGUCUUUUUUCCACCUCUCUGUACUCUAUUUUGGAAAUUUGUCUCCUUCGCUUGAAAUCUUUCAAAUUUUACACUCAUGAACAAGACUGGGCCAUUUUGACGGUACUGCUCAGCAAUAAGACUCAUAUGAUGCUUAUGUUAUAUUUUGGACAACGAUACGUCCAGGCUACAACUGCCAAAAGUCUAUGCGAAAAAAAAAUUAAUUAAUGAAGAAACGACUAAAAAAAGUUUAUACCGGUCACGUCGUAGGUGUUACGUGUGGAACGUUUGACGUUUUGCGCAUGGAAAAAAAAUGUAAUUUGGUCGCCAAUUUAAUUUCCGUUUAUCGUGGUACCAAGGAUACGUAAUUUGUAUCUAAUAUUUUGAGACGAGUGACUCUAAUAUUAUUAUUUCUGAUCUCAAUAGUAUUAUCGUGCUAGUUAUAUUCUUUUUUUUUUAUUGUUGUACUGUUGAAUCUUUUUUUUUAUUGCUCUAGUUUGAUCCACGUGACGCUACGUGACAUCAAUGACGUGCUCUUGCGGAUUUAUAAUUAGUCGAGAAAAUCAAGGCCAAUGACACUGUGGUAUAACGAUCGAGUUAUUACAUUGUCGGAGGACAAAAUUGGGAACGCAAAUAAGUCCCGUCUGUACAGUUAUAUAGUUAUAUAUUAUAUAUAAAUAUAUAUAUACGUAUAUAUAUAUAGAAUAUUAUAUUGUAACGAUAAUGUCGAUAAAUAAUAGCGAAAGUGAUUUAUUGGUGAGGUAGGAACUUUUGAAGAUUUAUUGAAGUAAAUUGUUGAUUCUUAUUAAUUGCUCGCGUUGCGAAUGAGAGAGUAGAUGAGGAAAGAGUAUAAGAGCGAGAGAGAAAGAGAGAAGGAAAACGUAAAAAAAAAAUAGAAGAAGAAACGAAGCAAAUGAAAAAAAAAAAAAAAAAAAAA